AUGUGGCUAGAACCUCGACAGGGAAGAGAGAGAGCCAGUUCUUCGUUAGAGGACGAGUUCGCCGAGAAAGAAAGAUCCAGAUACACCUUUGCUGACAGGUACAGAGAGAGAGAAAGCGUGAGAGAGGAAGAGCAGGAGAGAUACGCGGACAGACAGAGCGGAGAGAGAGAGAAAGACAGGAAAAGGCCAGAAGAUUGGUACAGGGAACGAGAGAGAGCGGGAGAGUUCGUGUGGGACGAAAAGAAAGAGAGGGAGAACGAGAGAAGAAGAGGUGUGGGAAGAAAAGACAACAGCGCAGAGAGGGGGUCUGACGCAGAAUACGGGAACGAACCAAACUGGCAGGGGGACAGAGAGGGACAGACGGAACGAGAGAACGCGACAGAUAACACGGAGGAGAGUGACAGAGAGGAAGAGGAGGGAGAAGGAGGUUACGGCAGAUAUGAAGAAAGCGAGGACGGAAGCGAGGACGUUUGGGAGGGGGAGGGCGAGAGGGAGAGGGCGGCCGCGACGGACGACGGGUUCGUCACCGUCUCCAGCGGAGGGGAGGGCGAAGAUGAAUACGAGGAGAAGUUUGAGGACUGUGCAGAAUUCUGGGAUACCGGGGUUACCGCAGGACAGACGCACAGAGCCAAUGAGACGCAGGGCGAACCGGAGGGAGAGGGGGAAACGAAACAGGGGACGGAAGAAGAGAAAGCGGACGAAACCGUCACCGUCUUCUGCCUGAUUGGUCAGACUAAUCUCACAGAUCGCAUGACAGAGGGAGAGGCCAAUCAGCAUUCGGGUCUUGACAACAAUGCUGCGAAUGCUGACCAAGAAAUAGAACUAAAUGCAGAAAAACACCCAGGGAAUGAUUCUGAAAAAGACAGAGACAACAGUAGCCAGGGCACAGAGGAAAAGAGAGAGGGAAGGAGUGGUGCCACUUCCACGUCUAUGGAGGAAACGAAAGAGAAAGACUAUAACCCAAAAGAACAAGAGACGCAAGCUUAUGAGGAUAUGACCCCGUCGGAGAAUCCAAAGGCGUCAGCCAACGAGAGGACAGGGACAGAGUCUGAGCUCCACCCGCCGGAGCACCCCGAGGGACCGGAGGACUGUGGGCGUGAUGUCGAGGACGAAAAAACGACGGCUCAGGCGGUUCGUUCCGAGCAAAGGGAGGACGGCGAAGGAAGGAUGGAGGAACAUUUUCAGGUGGAGGAAACGUGGACCACGGCAGAAGAAAGGAAACGCCAGUCCGGCCCCCCUCACCUGAAAUGGGCCAAAAACGUCAUCCGAGAGUACCUGGGGUCCUCCGAGGAGGGCGUCCUCGCCGUACCGGAAUCAGCGGACCCUCCGACGGACGUCCCUCCCGGCCAAUCACAAGCCGAGGCGAAGGAGGAAGGGGCAGAGACGCCCAUCUACGCCGCCGUUGACAAAACUGCCAAGCACAAGAGGCGGGUGGACUCAGAUCCGUUGCCGGGGGUGACCGAGAAGGAGAAAGGUAACCAGGAACACACUCACCUUGACACACAUCUGCAGACAGAGAGUGAGAGAGAGGCAGAUGGAGAGGCGCUACUCAUUCCAGGAGAGGGAGAGCCAGAAAUGGAGGAGGACUUGGAGGAUUACAGGGGAGGGAUGGAGGGAGAAACAGACGAGGAGUGGGAUUCGGACAAGGUGGCCCUUUUUAAACACGACAAGCAGUAUCUCAGCUCAGACCAGCUAACGCACUCCUCAGAGGGCGAGUCAGAGAAAGAGGGAGGGAAAAAGGAGAAAAAAGAAAAGAAGAAAAAGGGGGGAUGGAGCAUAAUCAGUUCUAACAGUUUCCGGGAUUUGGGGAGUGAGGCGAGGACAAGGAGAAAGGGCUUCCGAAAAACCACGGAGAGGAAAAGAGAAGAGGAGGAAAGUGGAGAAGGAGUUGGGAGGGAUCGCAGGCCCAUAGUGCUCAACACAUCAGAGGACGACGAUGAGGACCAUUUGAGGUUCAGCUGGGGAGAGGUAGACAUAAGGAACGUGACAGACACGCUUGGGAAGAUGAGAAAGAGGAACUCGAAAUUCUACAAUGCACAGUUAUACCAACAGUACAGCGAAGUGGUUCAGAACAGGGAGAUCCUGCGACAGUCGCGCUCCGACGCCAUCUCCAUGGCCGGGGACGUCCCGGCGGUGGCGCCGCCGCCGCCCUCCUCUCCGGCGCCCUCCUCCUCUCCUCCUCCCGCGUGCCGCCCCCUGCCCCCGAUUCCACAUGUGCCCCAUCCCCACUCCCUGAGCCACUCCAACUCCUUCUCCAGCGUGUCCAGCCUUCCCGUGCCGACGUCGGCCGGUCAGGGGGGCUCGAGGCCGCCCUCCCCCCGCUUGUCCGUUUCGUCGCUGUCGCAGUCUCCCACGCUGUGGCAGGAUCUGCCAGGCGUGAGGAACACCCCGGAACUCGCCGCGCUCACCGAGGAUGAGAGGCGCUUGCAAGAGGUGCGGUUUGAAAUGGUGACAUCAGAGGCAUCGUACUGUCGUAGUUUGGACAUUGUGGUGGAACAUUUCGUCAAGUCGAAACCGCUGAACUCACUCCUGGGCAGCCAAGACAGAAACUGGCUCUUCUCCAGACUGGGAGAUGUCCGAGCCAUCAGUCACAGAUUCUUGGCCAAAUUGGAGGAGAAGGUGGAGAAUGACGUCAUGGGUUUCACCGUGUGUGACGUCAUCAUCGAACACAGCCAAAGGUUCCGAAUGGUCUACGUGCCCUAUCUCACCAACCAGUCAUAUCAGGACAAGACCUAUCAGAGAUUAAUGGACGAGAACGCUGGUUUCCGUCGCGUCGUGGAGAAGUUGGAGCGUAGUCCUCUGUGUCAGAGGCUUCCGUUACGUUCUUUCCUCAUCCUUCCCUUCCAGAGGAUUACACGUCUUAAACUCCUAGUGCAGAACAUCGCGAAGAGAACAGCUCCAAAGACUAAGGACGAAUCGCAGGCCAUCAAAGCCAUGAAGUUACUGGAGAAGAUAAUUCAGGACGGCAACGACAGCAUUAAUCAGAUGAAAAGCAUCGAAUCUCUGGUGUCUCUUAGCGCCAAAGUGGACUUUGAGUGUAAGACUUUACCGCUGAUCAGCCAGUCCCGUAGACUGGUGAGAGAGGGACCCGUGACAGAACUGAGAGAUUUUUCCGCGAAGGAAAAGGAGAGAAGCGCCUACUUGCACCUCUUCAACGAUUACAUGCUCCUCUCCCUCUGCAAAGAAGGAGGCAGGUUUACGGUCAUCGACCACGCUCCCGUCUCUGAUCUUCGGGCUGAAAACUGCCGCGUGAAGCUUCACUCUCUGCAGAAGAACCUCUUCGUCCUGUACAUGGGCAACAAGUCACUGCUGGUCAGGGCAGACACACAGAGCGAUAAACUCCGCUGGAUCUCAGCCCUCUCGCGUCCUCAUCCUGAGAUUGACUUCACUGCCGCUCAGGACUUCGCACAGAUGCAGUGUAUCAGAGCUUUUGUUGCCCAGCAACCGGACGAGCUCACGCUGGAGAAAGCCGACGUGUUACUGGUGCAUCAGCAGAGCAGCGACGGCUGGGUUGAAGGGACACGUCUGUCGGACCGACAACGCGGAUGGGCGCCAGAAUCUCACCUGGAGAUCAUCUCAAGUCAGAGGGCCCGCAAACGGAACCUGCAAGACGCGCUCAAGAUCUCCAACGCCACGGCGGCGGUGUGACAUCAGAAUACGACGACAUACACGUCACAACUCACCAAAGCGGUCUGUCGCGUUUUAAAGACGAGACCGGCUCUACGAUGCUUCGUCCAAAGAGGCGACGCGGUUAAAAGGAGAUGGACGUUCUGGUAACCUCGACAAAAUUCAAAAUGGAACCAAAGUUUC